AUGGUGGAGAACGGUUCCAUUAUCAAUGGCUCCCUAGCAAUCACACUCAGCGCUUAUGCCCUCCCCUCCCCUCCCAAGAAGCAGUCACUUCUCAGUAAAGAUUUCGGCCAUAUCCUGGAGAGCGGAGAUGGAAGCGACGUGAGCUUCCGUGUUGGAGAUGAAGAUUUCCCCGCACACAGACUCGUCAUCCAAGCUCGCUCGCCAGCAUUGGCAGCGGAGAUCCCUGCUGCUCCAGGGGCAUCCAUCGCAAUCGGAGGAGAUAUUGAUCCAAAGGCCUUUGGUGCCUUCCUCAAGUUCUUGUACACCGAGGACCUGCCGGGGGCAGAGGAGAUACUGGGAGAAGAGUACAGCAAGGAAAGUGGCUGCCAAAUGAGAGAAUCACUGUUUCAUGUGGCUGAGAGGUUUAACCAUGAGGAAAUGAAGGGGAUUCUGGAGGAGCAGAUGCUUGCAAAACUAGAUGCAUCUACAGCUGCACGGACUUUGUCAUUUGCAGAACAGCAUGGUCGCCAACAACUGCAAGAGACUUGCUGCCGAAUGGUGGUAUCAAAAGGGUGGUUGCAAGAAGUUAUUCAGUCUGAUGGGUGGUUUGGGCAUCUCAUGCCAAGCAGCAAUUACCCGACGGUCGCCAAAGAUGCAUUACUAUUGGAAGCAAGCCGAGCACUUAAGAAACCCAGAGGACCAGUUCCUAAUGCAGGUGCAUAG